UCCCAUCGUUCAUCAGUGCAAUAGCGUGAGCUGUCAAAAAGCUUGUCGCCAGCCAUCGAGUAAAGCAACAAAGUCACACAAAUUUACGUGAAUCGUUUAAAUUUGGAGUGACUGAACUUCAUUUUGGAACCUUGGUAAAUUCCCUUCAGUUCCUGUGCAUUCUGUAACUAGUGGCAAAGAGAGAAAACGCUUCCCGAGAACUUUUAACACAUUUUAGACGCAAGAAGUCAUUCAAAGGGCGUUCGGUGCAAGGAAACCUAACGACUUGGGAGCUCAAAGUGAUUUGGAUAUGCAGUUGCUAUCGCGAAAUGUUAUCAAGACUCUUAAUUCCAAUGCCACUUCAAUAUCUCGAAUAACGUCCCUCGAUACGUUUAUUCCAAGGAACAUUCUAAAAACCUCGGUACCCACAACAACAAACUUAUGCAAUGCUCAACGAAUGCACUUUUCACAAAGUUCGCAAACAGCGGAGGGUAGCGAGCCAAAUCUGCAAAAUUUACCGCGAUUCCCGGUUCAACCGCUUCAGGAAACGCUACAAAAGUUCUUGAAGACGGCUGUAGUUCAUUUAACCGAUAACGAGUAUCUUGAAACCGAAAAGAAGGUCAAAGAAUUUGAAUCCGGCGAGGGAGCAAAAUUGCAACGAUUACUUGAAGCGACCGCAAAGAAGGAACUCAACUGGCUAGCAUCGAGAUGGCUCAAAACUGCCUACUUAAGUUACAGAGAUCCUGUAACUGUAUUUUCUAGUCCUGGAAUGGCCUUCCCCACACGGAAGUUCAACUCAGAUGAGGAAUAUAUACAAUAUGCCGCACAAGUAACCCAUGCUGCUCUGUCUUAUAAAAAUUUAAUUGACAAUGACAAGCUCCCUGUGGAAAAGAUGGGAAAAGCAGAACUCGAUAUGUCACAAUACAAGAAGAUAUUUGGGACAUCUCGAGUUCCCCAUUUAGGCACGGAUCAGCAUAAAUACAACCCGAAUUCGAAGCAUAUCGUUGUAGUGCAUAAAAAUCACUUCUUCGAAAUCCCGGCCUAUACACAAACUGGUGAAAUUUUGCACCCUGGCCUAUUUGCGAAUAUCUUCAAAAAUAUUAUAGAAUCUAAGGAGCCACCAGCACCACCUGUUGGAAUUUUAACUACGGACCAUCGCGACGAUUGGAGUUUGGCCUAUCAAGAGCUCAAAGAGGAUUUCGAAAAUAAAAGAUCGCUUGAAUCCAUCCACAGGGCUCUAUUUGUCGUCUGUUUGGAUCAAGAAGUACCCAUCCAUCACGGGGAAAACGAUAAGAUCGUUACAAGUGAUCAACUUAUUCAUGGUGGUGGUCCCAACCAGAAUUCUGGGAACCGAUGGAUGGACAAAACGAUCCAAAUUGUUAUUAAUCGGAAUGGAGUGAAUGGUUUGUGCUACGAGCAUUCGCCAGCUGAAGGACAACCCAUUGCCAUCAUGACUGAUUAUAUUUUAAACUGUUGCGAAAAAAUGGGUAAAUGUGAAAUAAUUGAUGACAAGUACCACACCGGAUCUAGACUUCCGUUCAAAGUUAACGAUAAGGUAAAGUGUUUCAUCGACGAAGCAUCCAAGCGUGUACAAAAAUUGGGCGAUAAUCUUGAAAUGGAAGUUCUACACUAUCAAUGUUAUGGCAAAGAGUUUAUCAAAUCGCAAAAGUUGAGUCCUGACAGCUACAUUCAAAUGGCUAUGCAAUACGCAUUUUUCAAACUGCACAAAGUUCCUGGCGCUCAGUACGAAUCGGCUCACCUUCGUAUGUACCCCGGCGGACGUACUGAGACUAUUCGAUCCUGUUCAGUAGAAUCAGUAUGCUUCGCAUGCUCCAUGCUCACCGAAUGUUCCGAGGAGCAGCGUGUUGAACGGUUGAAAAACGCCGUCAAAGCGCAUCGUGACUACACUCUGAUGGCUCUUCAAGGAAAAGGUGUAGACCGUCACCUUCUUGGCCUGAAGCUUAUGGCUAUCGAGAAUGGGUUACCUAUUCCGGACCUGUACAAUACUCCUGCUUUCAAAAGAAGUGCACAUUUUAGGAUGUCAACAAGUCAAGUGGCGUCUAAAUAUUUAGCUUUUAUGUGUUACGGCCCAUUGGUCGAUAAUGGCUAUGGAUGCUGUUAUAAUCCACGUGACAAUGAUAUGCUGUUUGCGAUUUCUUCGUGGAAGGAUAAUAACGAAACUAGUACAGCAGCAUUUAAGUGUGCGAUGAAGGAGGCUUUGGACUCAAUGCACGCUCUUCUGUUGCGGCAUGGUGAAGCACCUAAAAGUAAAUUGUAAGGUGACCUACAUUGUCUUCAGAGGAUAAUUUAUUUUGCUUUUAUAUUACGACAAAGUUCGAGUCCUAAUAUUCUGUGCUUCAAUGUUUUCUAAAGUAUUUAUGUGAAAAUCUAUUGAUUUCCAAUAAAUAAAAUUUUCUGUU